UGACCAUUUCAACCUAAUUGCAAUCCGCGUAAACGUAGCUUUCUCUCAGUUCAGACGCUUCACCAUCGGAAAGGCCACAGCUAGGGUUCGAUACUUCGAUCCCCACUCCAUCUCCACCGAAGACCGUCGCGUCGCUCCGCCACCGAAGCAGCUCAAGGACUGGCUCGGGUGGGGCUGCGACUGUCGCGCGGUUGGAUCCGAGGCUAUGGAGCAGUGAGCUCCGUAGUUGACGGCCACCUCAAUCUCCUUGGUGAAUCUGUAUAGAUUUCUCUAUAAGAUGAGCUGGAGAUUUCCUCUCUUCGGCAGCUCUCAGCAGCAGCAAGCAGAUCCAAGUUUCCAGGACAUCCCUACGCAGUCUUGGUACCCUCCCUCGGUGGUAGGUUCCUCUUCACGUCCAUCCACCCCUACCUCUUCUAGUGCUAGUCUACACCAAAGAGCUUCAGAUAGUCCGCAGUCUUCAUCCCGUGGGCAACCAUCUCCUGCUGAGGCUGCAGGGAUAAUUGCCCGUUUGAAGGAUAAGAGUAUUGAGGAGUUACAAAGGCUAUUGAAAGACAGAGAGGCAUAUAAUGCAUUCUUUAACUCACUUGAUCAAGUGAAAACCCAGAACAAUGUGCGUGAUGAGCUUAAAAAAGAGACAUUGCAACUUGCAAGGGAAAAUUUAGAAAAGGAGCAGCGGAUUUUGGAACUUAGGAAUCAGUGCACAAUAAUUAGAACCACGGAACUGGCUGCUGCUCAAGACCGCCUAACUGAUUUGGAGAGGCAAAAGGAUGAUAUUAUGAGGUCCUAUUCCCCUGCCGCACUGCUCAACAAGCUCCAAACAUCAAUGGCAAAGUUGGAUGAGGAGUCCGAGGAGCUGCACCAGAAGUUCCUGGAGAAGGACAUCGACCUUCCAACCUUUGUGCAGAAGUACAAGAAGCUCCGCACGGCUUACCACAAGCAGGCGUUGCUCCAUCUCGCCGGCCAGACAUCACUCCGCUGACAUCCGGCCAGGCGUCAUGGCAACUUUGUUGUAUUUCUGCUCGCCUGUUCUUGUUCUACACUAUGCUUGGCCCUGUUUUACGAGUGCAGCCUCUUGUAGGGAUUUGCCGAACAUCAGCGGAUAUUGCAUGUAUAGUUUUAUGUCUUGCAAAAACGUCUUAUGUACUCUGUCCUGGUGUAGUGGUGUUUACGUAUCUAGUGUCCAAGUUGGGAUUCAUUUGUGGUAACUAAACACUUUGCCUAUUUUGUUCAAUUCGAUGAUAAUAAAGCUUUUGUACGUUUGUGUACA